AUGGAGCCUGCCGACUCGAGCUCUCCCUGGCGAUUCGCCCAAUGCUUUGGUGACAAGGGUGACGUAGAAGACAUUACAGAGGCUGAUAUCAUAUCUACCGUCGAGUUUGACCACACGGGUGAUUAUCUCGCGACAGGAGAUAAGGGUGGUCGUGUUGUGUUGUUCGAGAGAAACGAACAGAAACGGGGCUGCGAAUACAAAUUCUAUACCGAAUUUCAAUCUCACGAACCGGAAUUUGAUUAUCUGAAAUCGUUAGAAAUUGAAGAAAAGAUCAAUAGAAUCAAAUGGUGUAAAAGACAAAAUGCUGCUCAUUUCCUGCUUAGUACCAAUGACAAAACCAUCAAAUUGUGGAAGGUUUUCGAUAAGCAAAUCAAGGUGGUUGCCGAAAACAACCAUUCUGAUGGCUAUGCAGGAGGUGGUAAUGGUCCAUCACAACCUCCCCUUCGCUUACCCCGCAUGACAACCCACGAUUCUAUCACUGCUGCCGUUCCUCGCAAAGUUUACGCCAACGCCCACGCCUAUCACAUUAAUUCCAUAUCAGUCAAUUCCGAUGGAGAAACGUAUAUUUCUGCUGAUGAUUUGAGGAUCAACUUGUGGAACUUGAACAUCAGUGAUCAAAGUUUCAACAUUGUUGACAUCAAACCUGUCAAUAUGGAAGAAUUAACCGAAGUCAUCACUGCUGCCGAAUUCCAUCCAAUACAUUGCAACCUUUUCAUGUAUUCUAGCUCGAAGGGUACCAUCAAGCUGGCGGAUAUGAGAGAUUCUGCUCUAUGUGAUCAACACUCCAAACAAUUUGAGGAAGAGGAAGACCCUACCCAAAAAUCGUUCUUUUCCGAAAUCAUCUCGUCUAUAUCAGAUGUCAAAUUCUCACAAGAUGGACGAUAUAUCUUGUCUCGGGAUUACCUAACCCUCAAGAUAUGGGAUAUCAACAUGGAGAACAAGCCUGUUAAAACUAUCAACAUCCACGAUCAUCUGAGGCAAAAGCUUUGUGAUUUAUAUGAGAAUGAUUGCAUCUUUGAUAAGUUCGAAUGCACUUUCAGCGGUGAUGGAAGCCAAGUUUUGACCGGAUCAUAUCACAACUACUUCCGUAUCUAUGAUGUCAAUGGCGAUAACGAUGUCGUUUUGCAAGCGGACAAAUCUGCAUUCAAGGCGAAGAAGAUAGGUGGAGCAAGGGGUAAAGCCCCAGGAAAGAAGGAAGGAAUGCAGACUGAAGGAAUAGACUUUGCGAAGAAGAUCUUACAUGCGAGCUGGCACCCUAAAGAGAAUACCAUUGCUAUUGCCGCUACCAACAAUUUGUGA